UUCAAAAUGGCGGUCCAAUUUUUACUGAAGUUGCUUUCGGAGAAGUCGAUAAUUUACUUGUUAAAUGAGUCAACAUAAUUGUUGACGAUGAAUAAAACCAUUUCUUUCCCGCCAAAUUGGGAAACACAGGAAAUCAAGAGACUGAAAUCUGUAAAGUUAACUGAUCGCGAUGUCGUCGUUAUUGGGGUGGUAUUAAAGUUCGAUAAACCAAGAAAAACGAGAGGAACCGACAUGAUCUUAACCUUCUCCCUCGUAGAUCAAUCCUUUCCGGAUGAAUAUCUACCAGUUAGCUGUGUCUGUUCUCAAAAAACUACAGAAGACAUGCCGAGAAUUGACAAAGUGGGUCAGAUUGUAAAAAUGCCAAUGCGUGUAACUGAAUACGAACUACGGCCUCAAUUACGAACAUACGAUAUUGAGUCACCUUGGUUGGUGUUUGAAAGCGACGAGGAUGUGCCACCAGUCUGUUCAAAGGCUGGUAAGCCGACUGUCACGAAAGAUGAUUUAGAUAAAGUCGCAAAAUUAAAAAAUUGGAUGUCGUGUUCGUGGUGGUACUACAAAAUUGGCCGUUCUUCAAACAAAGAUGUAGGUCCAACUGAUAUCGUUGCAUCUUCUUCUGAAAUCGUAGAUGACGAAGCAAUCUCGGAGACAUCAGAACGAGAUGUCGAAAUGAUUAGGGAGAAUUUAUGCGAGUGUUAUCAGGAGCCAGAAGUAAAGAUUGAAGAUGAUGAUACGGAGAUAUCACUAACUGGAAAAAUUGGUAGAGUGGAUCCCCGUCAUCCUGUUCAAUUUCUCGCAGCGUUCUGUGAUUAUUGCAAAGAGCGUUUUCAAAUGAAAGAACUGAGCAUCGAGAAACUCACUAAAUUCUUUUGCCCUCGAUGUGCUAAACAUUUGUCUCUGUCACUGUUCCUUCACAUGGAGUUUAAAGAUGACUGGGGUGUGGGUUACCAUGUUGUGUUGGCAGACGAAACUGCAAAAAUUUUCACUAAGACUGAUCCCAUUAAAUUACUCAUGGAGAAAGACGAACAAGAACGCUUGAGAAGUUUUCUUGUUUCAAAAGAGAUAAGAAAUAUGAAAUAUGACAUCUGUAUUCGAGAAUGUGGGAAAGUGAAAGGAAAACCGGUGUACACUCUACUUAAACUGUCAACACAGCAAAAGAUGUAGUUUUUUCUAUCAUAUCAGUUUUCUUUUAUUCUAAUGAGCGUAAUGAUCGAGGGACCGGUUGCCUGCAUGGAUAGUAGGGGUCUCAAGUGGUUUAUGAAGGUCGUUAUGUACAGGAUAUUUUGUUUAAAUUAGAGUUUUAGAUGAAGCUUUUUAAAGAACUCAAAAAAUACAAUCCACUAUCUAUACAGCCUUAAUGUCAAUAUAUUAACUUUUUUUACACAAAGAAUAACAUUGUGAUUGAAUUAAAGCUUAUAUUGUGAGGUUUUUGAAAUAAUCAAGAGAUCAUUAUCCAGUGCCAUAGCGCUAUACAGGUAUCAUACAAUCAAUUCCUGGACAUUAUAGUAAGAUUUUCUUUGGUUAGAACAACGUUCAUGUGUAUAUCACUUUGUGUUUCUUUUAGUAUUUUAUCAGUUUUGUUUUGUACGAAAUUACAUUUCUUGAGAUGUGUUU